AUGGCGGGUCGGGCCGAGACGCGAACCCCUAAGCCGCCCGACCGCGACGAAUACGAAGAUUUACCUCUACGAUUGUUGAGGCCGAAACAGAGCGAGGACCCGAAUGCCUCUAAACUUAUACGAGAGCUCGUUAAACUUAGGAAAGAGAUUAGACUAAGAGAUAAUCUAUAUAAGAGAGAACUAUAA